AAACACAUUUUGAUGUUAGCCUGGGCCAGGAAGGAGUCAAGAGGCAAAUCUGCAAAAGUAACAUCUUAUGCAUUCCAAAACAGGAAGAAUCACUGAAUGGCUGACAUUUGACAACAUGCACCACCAGUGGCUUCUGUUGGCCGCAUGCUUUUGGGUGAUUUUCAUGUUCAUGGUGGCCAGCAAAUUCAUCACGUUGACCUUUAAAGACCCUGAUGUAUUCAGUGCCUCCUGGGGGGCCACCUGUCUCCUACUAAUGAAGCCUGUGCGCCUUUUGCCUCCCUGUUCCUUGCAGCCGACCGGGAAAAUGCUUUCGGACAGCCAGCUUGUUCAGCCUCUGGUCUAUAUGGAGCGCCUGGAGCUCAUCCGAAACAUCUGCAGGGACGAGGCCCUGAAGAGCCUCUCGCAUACCCCAGUGUCCAAGUUCGUCCUCGACCGAAUAUUUGUCUGUGACAAGCACAAGAUCCUUUUCUGCCAGACUCCCAAAGUGGGCAACACCCAGUGGAAGAAAGUGCUGAUUGUGCUGAAUGGGGCCUUUCCUUCCAUCGAAGAGAUCCCUGAAAACGUGGUUCACGACCACGAGAAGAAUGGCCUCCCACGCCUCUCCUCCUUCAGCGAUGCAGAAAUUCAGAAGCGCUUGAAAACAUACUUCAAGUUUUUUAUCGUAAGAGAUCCCUUCGAAAGACUGAUUUCUGCUUUUAAGGAUAAGUUUGUUCACAAUCCCCGCUUUGAACCUUGGUACAGGCAUGAGAUUGCCCCUGGCAUCAUCAGGAAGUACAGGAGGAACCGGACAGAGACCAGGGGCAUCCAGUUUGAAGAUUUUGUGCGCUACCUGGGCGAUCCGAACCACAGAUGGCUGGACCUUCAAUUUGGGGACCACAUCAUCCACUGGGUGACAUAUGUAGAACUGUGCGCACCCUGCGAGAUAACAUACAGUGUGAUUGGUCACCAUGAGACCCUGGAGGACGACGCCCCAUACAUCUUAAAAGAGGCUGGCAUAGACCACCUGGUGUCAUACCCUACCAUCCCGCCAGGUAUCACCGUGUAUAAUAAAACCAAGGUGGAGCUCUACUUUCUGGGCAUCAGCAAACGAGACAUCCGGCGCCUGUAUGCCCGUUUCGAAGGGGACUUUAAGCUCUUUGGGUAUCAGAAGCCAGAUUUUUUGCUCAACUAAUGCAUAGGACUGUGAAUUCAGAUAUCUUUGUUAGACCGGAGGCUGAGCAGGUAGAGCUCCAAGGACAGAAAGAACACUCACACCAUUACACUCCUUGGAAGACUCCUGCAGUUUCCUACGGGCCCGCGUGUGCCUCAGCUGGUGAAGCUGCUCCCUGGCAGUUACGGCUUAGUCUGAACAUCAGGUGCACUGAGGGCCUCGCCCACCACCCCACCAAUGCCAUUAUGCUCUUCUUAGAAGGGGAAGAGGACUAAACAUUUGCAGCCUGACAGACCGGGAGGAGUCAUGCAGCCUUAGAAGUCAGUUCCCUCAGCUGUUUAGGAGGCGGGCGCACUUGCAGCUCCCCUGGAUGGUGGAGUGGCCCUGCCUGUCACCCAGGGAUUGUAGGAAUGGCACCCAGUCCUUUCAGGAGACAUGAGAAGCUAAUGGUCCACAGAAAUCGCAGGGUCUGAUACAGGACCACAGCUGAGUAAUAAAGUUACACCCCUGGCUUUUAUCUUGGCACUGCUGUAAGCACAGGGGCAAACCAUUCUUUCCACGACUAUCUUCGUGGUGAGCUGAGGGCACUUUCUGGCAGUCCAUCUUCCCGGAACACAUGCUCGUGUACCCCUCGUCCUUUUUUCUGAACCUCCACCUGCCAAGCGAUUAUCCCAUUCUGCCCAAGAGAUACAAUUUUGGAAAGUGGGGCGAGUGUAGGUUCUUUCAGCCUGAGAAGGGGAACAUCUGUGAGGGCCUUAAGGGAACAUGGCACAGGAAAAGGGAGAGCUGGUUGGGUUCUGGCUCAGCUGCUGUGGAUUUGGGCAUGUCCGUCCUGAUUAUUGUCCCCCUCUCGUCUUUGUUCCAGCUGGAUGGGCUCCAGGGCUUCUCUGCCUGUCUCCCCCAGGGCAGACCAGGCAACAUGCCAGCAUUGCAGAGUCAGUGUAGUUUACAUGUUUCAGUUUUUUUUCAUCUCAGCGACGUGCUCACCACCAGACCCCUUUCUGAUAAUGUCAUCAUCCCGGACUCUAAGUUCGAAAAUGAGGUUCAUCAGCAAUAAAACUGUGGACCAAGGCAGCCUCUAGUAACGCAUCUCCCAGGCACCGAGGAGCAAGCCACGGCCACCAUGUCAGAUGCCAUCUGACCAUGAGGGCCCUUGAGAUACGGGACAGUUUCCCAACUGAAAAGACCGAAGUGCCCAGCUCUGUGCAGCACCCAUGAGCCCGGCUUUUCUUCCAGGCAGCCUCAGCCUUCCCUUUUUUUCAGAAGGGCUGCUGGAGUCUGUAAAUGUGAAAGUAAAAUAAAAACGUGCCAAACCUGACCUGUGCUCCAAUUCCAGGGAAGUUUCUCUGUGCUGUGCAUGGUCCCCGAGACCUGGCAGCCAUGAUGGGCAGCGCAGGCCUACACAGAUGGCUGCUGGUGACAGGAGCAAGGAAGGGAAGCAAGACGCAAGUGCGACCCACCGUGACAUUGAUGGGAGGGGGGCGGUGGGGGCAGUCUGUGUGUUAGAGCCUUUUAUCCUCAACUGACACACAGGAUGUAACACGCGUUAUUUUUCUAUAAAGUUUUAGCACAGUCUUGUUAAAAUCAUUUCACACCUAAUGAGCUGAUUGAUUACCUUUUUCCUAUUUGAAAUGUAACAGUGUGAAUAAUGUGUGUGAAUUUAAGGCCUUAAAGUUGGUCCUAAUUAAAAAAAAAUACCAUUUUCUCUUGGAAAUAAAGGUUCGACACCUGGGGUCUCCCCUUGA